AUGAACAACACCUCUGCAGUCCUGGCUGCCCCCACUGCGGUGACGGAGACAGCGGGAAGCGUCUACGAGCUGGUGGGCAGACCCCGGUUGGACUGGUGGCAGGCGGCCCAAUACUGUGAAGAGCGCUUUGCCCAGCUGGUGCCCAAGACCCAGGCCAGCGAGAGGACUGCCCUUCUAACCAUCCUGCAUGGCCACCAGGUUCCCGCCCCUGACCUCUUCGCCGACACCAUUCAGGAUUUUCGAAAUGACCCCAGUCCCCAUCCCAGAGUGAGGAGACUCCAAAUCUCCAGCUCUCACUGUACUCUCUGCCAUGUCACCCUGCGGCAGACAUCUGUGGAAGUAGAGGAGCUGAAAACUUUGCCAGCCCUGGUGUUCUCCAGCAAAACAGCCACGCGGUACGCACGGGUACUGGUUGAUUUUCCCGAGCUGCCUGCGGUGACUGCCUGUGCCCAUAUCCAGUGGGACACGUCCUCGCAGGAGGUGGCCACCAUCUUCUCCUAUGCGGUUCCAGCCUUCAACAACGAGCUGCAGCUGCGGGGCUUUGCUGACCAGACUGGCUCCGUCUACCUCGCCCUCAUCGUCCACGGGCACCAUUCCCCCUACCUGCCUGCCUUCCAGCGGGAUGGGCACUGGCACCACAUCUGCCUCACCUGGGAACAGCGGAGAGGGAACUGGGCGCUGUUCGCCGACGGGAAGCACCAAGCUGAGGCGGAGGGGCUGUCGGCCAACCAGCCCAUUUACGCCCAGGGUGUCUUCAUUGUUGGACAGGACCAGGAUUCCUUGGGAGGCAGCUUCCGGGAGACAGAAUCCUUUAGCGGAAACAUCACUGGCCUCCAUAUCUGGGGGAGGGUACUCGAUGAGGCCCAGCUGGAGAGGGUGUGGGCAUGUGUGGUCCCCGAAAGGGAGCUUAUAUUCCGCUGGGACAGCCGGGCACUGGAGAUCGAGGCCACCGUGCAGGAGCUGUCGGUCCAGCUUGUGUGCCCAGGUCCCGUGGAGGAAUGCCCGGUGCUGGAUGGGGUCAGCGGAGAGCCUGGCUUUGUAGUGUGCCUGAAGCCCCUGCCCUUCAUCUGCAGCUACCAGAAAGACAUGUUCCACCGCCUGAAGCACCUUCAGUCGCCAUUCGGCCGAGCAUUCAUCAGGAGGGUGAACUCACUGGCUAACGCCACGGUGUUGCUGGAAGACAUUUUCGCAGAGGGCAGUGAGAUCCUGCGUGCUGUGGACGCUAUUAGCUUCCUGGGUGUCCUGCAGCAAGUUCUGGAGAGCAAGGGGAAGCAGCAACAACAGCAGGAGGAAGAGGAAGAGGAAGGUGGGAAGGAACCAGUCCUCCUGCAGUCAGCAGACCUACUCUCUGUGGUGCAGUUCCUGAAGAGAGUGUCAGGCAUCGAGGUGGAAGGGCGAGAGUCUGCAGGGACGCUGGAACAGCUGAGCCAACGCUUCGUGGCUGUAACCAGCCUGGUUUUGGCAGAGCAGAAUACAGCCAAGUGGCUGGAAAUCAGUGAGAUUGUCCGAGGCCCGAUGAUCCUGGUGGAGAGCAUGACCCGGCUUGUGUCCAACCUGAGCCCUUUACUCAUGGCUGAGCGCGCAAAGGUCACUGUCCAGCACCAGGACGUGGGCUUCGAGGCCAGGAACAUCAACCUGAGCCAGGCUGCUGAGAGGGACAUCUACAGGCCUCUUGCUGGCCUGAGGGGAGGUGAUCGAAUUGAAAUCUGCUCUGAAGAAAUCAAAGGUCUCCAAAAGAGAGGUCUCUCUAGAGUCACGGUGAUCAACACCUGGUUUGGCUACGGAGCCCUCCAGCGCAGCCUGGGCCAGACUGGCCACCCGGUCAUGGGUCAGAGCAUCUCCGUGACAGAUGGUGGGCAGAAGUAUCUGCAAACCAAGGUAGGGUCAGCUCUCAUCUCGUCCUUGCUGUUGAGUGACUUCCAGGAACUCAACUCAGCUGUGCAGUACCAUCUCUUACACCGAGUUCAGGAUCUUCCCAAUACGCUGGUAGAGCCCAUCUGUGCUUUCUGGAAUUUCAGAGGAGCCUGGUCCAGCGUAGGCUGCUCUGUAGAGGUAGCCCACCAGGACUCCACCUCUUGCUCCUGCAACCACAGCACCAACUUUGCGGUUCUGCUCCAGGUGUAUGAGGUUCAGAGGAGCUUGGAAGAGGAGUCGAUGCUAAAGACCUUGACGUUCAUUGGCUGUGGAGUGUCAUUCUGUGCUUUAAUCAUCACCUUUGUCCUCUUCCUGGCUGUGGGUGUCCCUAAAUCUGAGCGGACCACCGUGCACAAGAAUCUCAUCUUCGCUUUGGCAGUGGCAGAGGCCCUACUCAUGUUCAGCGAGUGGGCAAAAACCAAUAAGGUGGCGUGCUUCACUGUCACGGCAUUGCUGCACCUCUUCUUCCUGGCUGCUUUCGCUUGGAUGCUGGUGGAGGGACUACUGCUGUGGAGUAAAGUCGUGGCCGUCAAUAUGAGCGAGGACAGGCGUAUGGUGUUUUACUAUAUGACGGGCUGGGGCCUGCCAGUGAUCAUCGUGGGGAUCACCCUGGCCAUCUCCUUUAAUGAGUAUGUGGCGGACACCUACUGCUGGCUGAACGUACAGACCGACAUCAUCUGGGCAUUUGUUGGGCCUGUUCUGUUUGUACUUAUGGUGAAUGCCUUCAUCCUGAUUCGAGUGGUGGUGAUCACCGUAUCCAGUGCCCGGCGCCGGUCCAGGAUGCUGACCCCCAAGUACAACUUGGAGAAGCAGAUCGGCAUCCAGAUUUGGGCCACUGCCAAGCCAGUGCUAGUUCUGCUGCCAGUACUGGGGCUGACGUGGCUGUGUGGCAUGUUGGUUCAUGUCAGUGUGGCCUGGGCCUAUGUGUUCAUCACUCUCAACUCCCUCCAGGGACUUUAUAUAUUCCUGGUCUACGCCAUCUAUAACACCGAGGUCAGGAAUGCUAUCCAGAGGAUAAAGGAGAAGAAGAAAGCACUCUCGUUCACGGCUGUAGAACUGACUGCAUUCAAGUCAUCAGACCACCCCGCUUCCCCCUUCCGAGUCCUGACCAAGGAUGUGCGGUGCACGUGUGGCCCUCAGUAA